AGAGUCAGCUGUCCAGCAAUUUUCUGCGUCUAACCCGUGGCUCGGCUGGCUCAGAUCUCUCACCGGCACCGAGUGAGAAGGUUGUCCACUCUUCGUGCCAUUGUCAGACGUAAUCGACGUAGGAGACGUAAACACACGAGUGUUGGACAGGUGCAAAUUCCGUUGCACGGGUUCCGUGUCGAAUUGACAUGUGUUUUAAUUUGUGAGUUGUGACCGGGGGAACGAUGGAUCCGUCAGUGACAGAAGUGGAAAUGGGAAUGGAACCUCAGACGAGGGCGAGGUCCAACACAUGGCCUUUGCCGAGGCCGGAAAAUUUCUCCGAACCGGAUAGUAGCAGCGUGGAAAUGGCAGAACAGAAAUGCGGGGUCGUCGCUGCCCUUCCGGGUGCCUCACAUCUCAAGAAGAAUUCUUCCAGGAGGAACGCGUGGGGGAACCUCUCGUACGCCGACCUCAUCACCCAGGCGAUCGGUUCCGCGCCCGAUAAAAGGCUCACCCUAUCCCAGAUUUACGAAUGGAUGGUGCACAACGUGGCCUAUUUCAAGGACAAGGGGGACAGCAACAGCUCCGCUGGAUGGAAGAAUUCGAUACGACACAACCUUUCUCUGCACAAUCGUUUUAUGAGAGUGCAGAACGAAGGGACGGGCAAGUCCUCCUGGUGGAUGAUCAAUCCUGAGGCCAAGCCGGGAAAGUCCGCUAGGCGGAGAGCCACUUCCAUGGAGACGUCCAAGUUCGAGAAAAGGAGAGGCCGAGUGAAAAAGAAGGUCGAAGCCCUGAGAAGCGGACUUGACGCCACGCCGUCGCCGAGCAGCUCCGUUUCAGAAAGUCUGGAUCUCUUCCCUGAGUCACCACUCCACGGAUUCCAGCUCAGCCCUGAUUUUCGGCCGAGGGCCUCCUCGAACGCAUCCUCAUGCGGUCGGCUGUCGCCGAUCCCGGCGGCUGACACCGACUGGGGCUACUACAGCCCAGAACAGCUGGCUGGAAACCUGGAACAGACCAUGAGGCUGGGACAGCAGCAGCAGCAGCAGGCGGCAGGGAACGGCGCCACUCCGACACCGCAAGAUAUACCGUCGAGUGGUUUCGCCUAUCCACCUCCACCGCCCUAUCGUCCUGCACCACCUUACAUGGCACCUUGUCCAGUGCACAGGCAGCAUUUACCUUGUCCGUCAUGUGCCGUCGCACCUAAACAGAGAAUGGGCUAUGGGGAAGGUGAAAGCGCAACGACUAUGAUGGGUCAGCUGAUGGGUGCCCUGAAUCCGACAAUGUUGGACGACCUGAACCUGAACAUCGAGACGGUGCCGAUACACGGCGGCUUCGACUGCAACGUCGACGAAGUGAUAAAGCAUGAACUUUCCCUCGACGGAACUUUGGACUUUAACUUCUCCGGCCAGCAGGCGCCCCCUAACCCCGAUCAACCGCCCUUCUCAGGACACUCGUGGGUACACUAGUGAGUUGUCAGGACGUGAGCAAAUUUCUGGGUGUGCCGUUCAACCUCCUUCAGACACCUUAGGACAACGAAGGAUCCUCAAUUAUUUAACGUUAUUAGUUCAUGUGUAAGGUCUUCUGUUGAAUACAUAUAAAAUGUAGCAAAUUUUUGUAUGAGUAUGGAUGUUAUCUACAAAAGUAAUUAUCAUUUAUUACAAAGAAAAGGUUGGUCAAUUGUUGAUUUUGUACAAGUUUAAAAAUUAUAAGAAAAUAUUUAAAACAGCUAUUCGUCAAUUGCCAUCAACAAUACUGAUAACUUAUGUGCCAAUAUAACAAUUACCGUAAGUACCAAUAAUCUCUACUAUUAAUAUCGUCAAUUAUUUUGAUAAAAAUGAAACCUAUUACAUCUAUUCAGUGGUGGAUAUUCUUUUAUUCUAGAAGGAGAUAAAUUGAAAGUUAUUUAUUUUCCUCAGUUCCAUUUAUUUUGAACCGUUUUAUAAACUGAAAAUGUAAUGAUAGUUACCUAUGCGGGAAUUGAUUGGGUAUACAAUUAUCGUUGAAAAAAUAUUAUUUUAUUAGUCCGAAUAGCCAUUUGUUGUCCUUUCAAAAACAAAAUAAUAUUAUGUUGCCUACUUUGUUGAUACAUUAUGAUUUUAUUUUUACUAUACUAAAAUAAAGCUCAAACUUUUUAAAUUUAAUUUUGUAAGUAUAUAUAUAUUUUUUUUAGUUUUGUUUAAAAACAUUUUAGUUCUGUAAAUAUAGUUAUCAGAAAUGUUUGUACAAAUUAAUUAUAUUGUAAUUUAGGUGACGUUUUGGGGAAGUAUAAUAUUAAUUUGAUUCAAUUAAAAUUGGAAAAAACACAAGUUAUAAAUGAAUGCUUAUACGGCCGGGAUGUGAAUAUAGUUUUGAUUAAUAUUAUAUUUUAUUGCUUUAGGUCAAUGUAAUUUAGAUUUGGAUGUAAAGAACAAUUUCCUAGUAGAAUUAACAUUAGAUCAAUGUGUUAUGUGACAAUUUCUACUAGGAACAUUUAGUUGAAUGUUAACACAUAGUAAAUGAAUUGUGUUUAGGGUAGAAAAUAGUUCGGAAGAAGGCGGUGAAAUCGCUUUUCAAAGGAAAAUGUUUAAUUAACGUUGAAUUUUGGAAUUAUAUUUAUUUGUAAAAUACGUAUAUUUGAAAAGCACAUUGUGAUCUUUUCUCAGUCGAAUGUUAUUCGUAUACCGUUCACGUGGGCGGUUAGGUGGUGAUAGUUAAAUUUAAAGAUUGAUAUAGAUGAAAGUAAAACAAAAAUAUUAAAAUUAAAAAAAAAAUUGCCGAGAUAGCAUUCUAGUAGUGAUACUGCUGCUCCUAUUCCGUAAAAAAAAUUAUAGGCGAAAAUUGGUUAGGUGUAAGUAGUGAAUAUAAUAAUGCAAGUGCCAAUAAUGUUAAUUUUGUUGAUUUCAUAUUAGUACCCUGACCUUGUUAAAUUUUAUUUUACAGCCCGUAGUUUCGCUGGAAGCGAUAUUCGCGCGUAUGUACUUUAAAACUGUUUAUUAAAUACGCUGUACUUAAUCUUUAACUUAAUCCUGUUUUUAUUGAUUUUAAAAUGUUAUUUUGUAGCGAUUAUCUCAAUUACUUUACCCCUCAGAGAGAAAUAAAAAAAACUAAAAAAAAUAAAGAAUAUUUUGUUAUUUAAAAAGUAAAUAAUUAAAUGUUCGAAUAUUAUAAUGUGUACAGAACAAUGCUCAAUUUAUGUGUGACCAUUUUGAAAAAUGUUCACACUCGCUUUACUGGGUUCCAGAAGAAAAGUAUAUGAAUAAAAUAAGUUUUUUAUAACAAUUCUUCUUAAAAUUAAAUGAAUUAUAUUUCAGACCGGUUGAGAAUUACAUUAUCUGUGCCUUAUUUCGAUAAUAGCAGUAGUCAAAUUAUCGCCGAUUGACAUUUUAAAAUAAAUGAACUUACAAAAAAAAAAAAAAUAAAAUAAAAUAAAAUAUAAAUGUCGCACUUUCAUUAAUUCUGUUUAUCUAAAAGUAUGGUUAUUUAUUACAGUUGGCAAUAUAUAAAGAAUUAAUUCGGCAAAUUGAACGAUCCAAAUUUAUGAAAUAAGUAAAUGUAUGGUUGUAAUUUUGAGUAACACAAUGAAAACAAUUUUAAAAUUAUAAUCUUAAAUGUGUUAUUUGUAAUGGCAUGGUACUUCUAAAAACUUAUUAAGUGUGGUGCAUUUCUAAAAUUUGGUGCAUUUUUCCAAGCAUAAAAAUCUACGUUAUUUAUUUAAAAAAAAAGAAGAUGUGUAAAUCAAGCUUAAAACGUUUUGAUAUCAAGUAAGUCAUUGUCUGAUGUAUUUGAAACAUUUCUUCAUUCUCACAUUAAACGUUUUUUUAUAUUUAAUAAUUAAAUCAAAUUUAAACAAACGAAAAUAAAUAAAGAGGUUUUUGAAUUUAUCAGAUUAUGGCUUUGGUGGCGUGUUUAUUGUACUUGAAUGUAUUUUUGCAGACAUUUUUGAGGUUGUACGAAAUGCACAAAAGAAUUCUUGAAAGUGUUUUUUUGGGUUUAGGCAUCUCACAGCUUCUAUUUGAAAAAAAGAAGAAAAAAUAAUGUCUGACUCAAUUAUUAAAUGUGAUGCAAUGUGCCAUAAUUGUGAAUGGCUGUUUCUUUACCAAUUAAAAGGAAAACAGUGUUGUUAAUUCGUUUUAUAAGUUUAUUUUUCUUUUUUUCCCCAUUUUUAUUAAUUUUGUUUUGUUGUCGCCUGAUAGCACUACGACUAUAAAUUCAGGCGUUAGUCGUAGUCCCGCCUAAUCUUUGAUGUUUUAUUUCAAAUGUGACAUAUUAGUUUGAUUUCUAGAAGAAUAUUUUUUUCAUUACCUGAACUGAAAAAUUAAUUACACACUGAUUGCUUAUUUAAUUUAUAAUUUGUUUAUAACACACUUUUAUAAAUUGGUUGCAAGAAUUAUAAUUUUCUUUUUAUUAUGAAACAUAAUAUUUUUAAAAAAUUAAGAGGCAGGGCUUAGUGAAGUAAUUUGCUGACUUGUGUAUAGAGUAAUGUGUAUAUAGUUUCUAAGUCUGUUAUUUGAUGCUUCAAAAAUAGAUGUAAGUAAAAAUGUAUUAUAUGGAAGUAUAUUAAUAAAUUGUGUACAUUGACGUA